CAUAACGCAUUUUUAAAGUCAAAAAAUUAUAAAAAAAAUAAAAAGAUGUUAGCAUUUGAGAUGUUGGUACGACAUUUUAGCAGACUUUGGCCUCAGGUAGAACGACAAAGUCUUUCUCAAAAAAUGGGAAAACCUAUGCGAACGAUCCCUUGUGGUCGGUUGCAGAUGCCCAUGGUAGGGUUAGGUACUUGGCAAGCUAAUGACCCGAAAGAAUUUGAAGCUGCUCUGAACCAAGCCUUGGACAUAGGUUACCGACAUAUUGAUACAGCAGCAUUCUAUGAUAACGAACACAUUAUUGGCAAAAUUAUAAAUCAAUGGAUAUGUUCUGAAAAACUAAAAAGAGAUGAUCUUUUUAUCGUCACCAAACUUCCAAUCCAAGGAAUCCAUCGUGACAGGGUCGAAAAAUAUUUGUGUCAGUCUCUUGAAAAACUUUGUCUAGACUGCCUUGACUUAUACUUGAUACAUUUUCCGUAUGGAAAGACUGAAUCUACUAAGGAAGUAGUAUAUGAAAAGGCAGAUCACAAAGGAAUAUGGCAGGCAAUGGAAAAACAAGUAGAAGCCGGUAGAACCAAAACUAUUGGCAUAAGUAAUUUUAGCAUUAGUCAAAUUGACAAUAUAUUAAAAUUCUGUAAGAUUAAACCAGCCAAUCUUCAAAUAGAGAACCACGUGUUCUUGCAACAACCAGAAUUAGUACAGUUCUGCCAUCAGAACGGAAUUGGCGUAACGGCGUACUCCCCCCUUGGAUCUCCCCAUUUUAACACAUUUUUGAAGCACUUAGGUCUAAAAGAAAGGAAUUUGGUGAACGUAUUAACAAACCCUGUGGUUGCUGAAAUCGCCAAAAAACACUGCAAAAGUAACGCUCAAGUAGCAUUAAGAUUCUUGAUACAAAGAAAUCUGGCUGUCAUUCCAAAAAGUACGACACCCGAAAGGCUAAAAUCCAAUUUCGAUUUGUUCGAUUUCUGUUUAAGUGAUCAAGAAAUGAAGAAACUUGAAACUCUCGAUAUUGGGGAAGAAGCUCGCAUUUGUGAUUGGAAGUUCUUUCCAAAGAUCGAAGAGCAUCCAGCAUAUCCAUUCCGUAAAAACAAAAAAUGUUAACACAACAUAUUUUUUUAAUUUCUAAUGAAAAUUCGUAACCCAGGUAUGGCAUUUUUACCCGCUUGAUAUGAAUAUGAAUUAUGAAGAAAUUUAUAUAAGUUAUUGUACCAAAUUGUUAUUUAUUAUUCUCGCCUAAUAUCGCAGCAAAACAUGUAUAUUAGGGUGGUGCGAAAAAAGUUAAGUUGAUCAUUCCGUAUCGCUAUAGUGCGAAAAAGUUGCGAUUGGUAAUUACAAGAAAAACAAAAAAAAAUUAUUCAAAUCGGACUUUAUCUUCCGAUCCCGCAACAGGCCUAAAAAUUAUGAAAAAAAUGAAAUUUUACCUUUUUUUUUUCAAAAAUUUUUAUUUAUCCUUCGAGUAC